UUCACAUGACGUCAUCACUCAGCGCCAAUUCAGCGGGACCAUCGCGACUUUUGAAACAAUCGGCGGUGUAGCUUGAUCGAACGAUCACACUUUUAAAGCGGUUUCUCUUUUCUGUAAGAGGCCUGACAUGAUCGAUAUGAUCGAGAAGGAGGACCCGAUCAUCACCGAGGAAGAGGCGGCUCAGUACGAUCGCCAGAUUAGACUUUGGGGGUUGGAUGCCCAGAAGAGACUACGUGGAUCCAGAGUUCUCCUGGCAGGUUUAGGUGGUUUGGGGGCAGAGGUAGCCAAGAAUUUGAUCUUGGCCGGAGUGAAAGGACUCACUUUGUUGGAUCAUGAAAAGGUGACGGAGGAGUCUUGUCGAGCCCAGUUCCUGGUACCUGUGACUGAGCAGGGCCGGAAUCGAGCUGAGGCGUCCCUGGAGCGUGCUCAGAACCUCAACCCCAUGGUGGAGGUGCUCGCUGACACGGACAGAAUAGAAGACAAACCUGACACUUUCUUCCUGCAGUUCAAUGCGGUUUGUCUGACGGGCUGCUCUAAAGACGUGAUGGUGCGCGUGGACCAGCUGUGCUCACAGCAUAACAUCCUGGUCUUCUGUGGUGACGUCCACGGUUACUACGGUUACAUGUUCUGCAACCUCGGACCUGAGCACAACUACGUAGAGGAGAAACCCAAAGUGGUGAAGAAGUCCCCAGGAGACUCCAAUGAUGGUCCCGAAGCCAAAAAGGUCAAAGUGGACCCCAAUGAGACCACCAUGGUGAAAAAGACGUCCAAGUUCUGCAGGCUGAAGGAAGCUCUGGAUGUGGACUGGACCAACGACAAGGCCAAAGCAGCCCUCAAGCGCACGCCUGUUGACUACUUUCUGCUUCACGUGUUGCUGAAGUUCCGCACGGACAAAGGCAGAGACCCCGACCCACAACGCUUUGCAGAGGACAGCCAACUGCUGAGUCAGAUCCGCCAGGACGUCCUGGAGAACUUGGGGGUAGGCAGGGACCUACUCAAUGACGAUUUUAUCAGUUUUUGCUUCUCAGAGAUGUCACCUGUGUGCGCAGUUGUGGGAGGAGUGCUCGGACAAGAAAUUGUGAAGGCUCUGUCCCAGAGAGACGCUCCACAUCGCAACUUCUUUUUCUUUGACGGCCGCAAAGGAAACGGCAUGGUGGACUAUUUUGGACCCAACUGAGUGUGUGAAGAUGGGCUCAUCCUACCAGCUAUCCAUCGCUCAUCUAAUAGCAUUUAUUUAUGGCAUAACCCAUCGUUCUUUUGACAUUUUCCUACUUUUGCUAAUAAAAAAAUAUGCUUCAGAAAAGUA